AGUAAAUCCAUGCCGGAAUUCUUAAUAGCGUUGGGCAAUUUGGAUAAGGACACUGACGACCUCCGUGAUAGCAGUUUUACUACUUACGAAGUAAGACUUUUCAUGAGAAUGUUCAACAUAAAAGACCAAAAGGGUGUACACGACGGGUUUCUUACCUAUGCCGAAUUGGUGAACUUAUUUGACGUUGAUUUAUACCUAGAACCUGACGUUAAGAAGAACAUAAAGAAUGAACUCAAUAGUGGAGAUUCAAUAAACGCCCUAAAGUUCUUGACGACCAUAUUGAAGCACAAAUCAAAAGGCAAUGGCCUGGAUAAGACACAGAUAAUGAAAGUCAUUCGUUUGUACAAGCCUAUCUCCGGUUAUUUUGAUGAUAGCUACCAACAAGAGUUUUAUAACAAAUUAAACAUUGUUUCCAAAGAUUAUAAAAAGCUAUUGGAGUUCGAACACGUCCAGCCACCUGCUCUGGAGCUACAAGAGUUCUUAGUCUUUUGGGCGGAAUACAAUACGGAGGAUCACGGAAAUUCGCGGUUUUUCUCCAGUAGUGAUGUAAGGGAUUUUAUUUAUGAGUUCAAUCUGUACGACAGAAAAUCUGACGGUGUGAUUACUUUUGAAGAAUUUAAACCAAUCGCUAGAACGUACUUCAAUGAGGAUUAUAAGUGUUGUUUUGGAAAAACGGUUUUUGAUCAAUAUACCGGAAACCAACCUGAAAUGAACGCUGCUAUGUUCUUGAACAUGAAAUACUAUUUAGUUUUUAACGGACAGGAUGCGAUGAAAAUGUGA